AUGACAAUUUAUGCAAUACUGGUGAUAGUGUUUACUCUGAUCUUACCGACGACGACUGCUAAACAUGUGGACGGCGUUAUUAACUCUGCCCAUGAUUUUGUGUUUUUGACUCGCUUUGUCUUCCAACCCGAUGAAUAUGGCAAGAUGGAUUACACUUUCACUUACCCAACGACCGAAUGCUGCUAUCAAAUGCUCAUCUUCAAUGACGAGCCGGAUCAGUGGCCAUACUUAAGAGAACAUGAGGAUCAACUGGAUUGCUUUGAUAAGAAAGAAUUAAUUCCUAGUCACCACAAUGGCAAAGUGACCCUUAGUACGUCACAGAACUGUGAGAUCCGAAUCAACAAUAACAGCGGAGAAGAGGAAUUUUAUUGUCACGGUAAACGUCACUUUGACGUCAAAAAAGAACGUUGGUGGUACAUUGCAAUCGCACAUUGUGGUGGAGACGGAAUUAACAACUUUAAGUACAACAUUGAUUUGAUUAAUGGCGAAACAGCUUUUGACAACCACUUCUCAGCUGACGAACGAUACAUCCUCCAAACCGACAUAACGUUUCUUGGUCUUUACCUGGUAAUUUGCGGAUGCCUUCUGAAAUGCAGAAAGCUGAUGUUUCAGCGUCGAAUGUUAAACGCCAUCUAUCGACUGUUCUGCUAUUCGUGUUGCCUGCAGACCAUUAGCCUUUUCUUCCAGACAAUUGCUUUAGGAAAAUACGCCAGCAAUGGUGUUGGAUUUGAACGUCUACGAAAACUUGGCGAAAUGAUUUCAUCCUCAUCAACACUUCUCUUUGUUCUGUUACUUAUCCUGGUUGCUAAAGGAUACACUGUAACUCGUGCUCGCUUGAGACCAAUCACGAGUCUUAAGAUUGCAGUCUUCACUUGCUUUUACUUCUUUGCUUACUUUGGACUUUACGCCAUGCAGCAACUGUUCUAUGACCCACGAGAUGUUGUUAACAAGUACGACUCGUUUGCCGGAUUUGGAAUUGUCAUAAUGCAUUUUAUUGGACUGGUUUGGAUGUACUACGCUUGUUUCUUCACCAUCAAACAUAAUCGUAGUAAAGCUGUGUUCUACAUACCAUUCAUUGCCAUAUUUACAACAUGGUUCCUCGCUGGUCCCAUCACCAUCUGGAUGUCUAAUGAAUUCAUUGCAAAAUGGAAGCGAGCCAAAAUUGUCAGCGGACUCGAAAUGACUGCCAUCUUUUAUGGACACGUGGUAUUUCUUCUAUUGACCCGACCUGCUGCCAACAACCAAUACUUCCCAUUUCAUCUGAAAACUAACACGGCUGAGACAAUCUACUGA